AUGGCAGAAGGAAAGCCAACGGUGAUGAUUAUCGGUGCCGGCCUCGGAGGACUGACAAUGGCGAUUCUCUUGGAACGAGCAGGCGUCGACUAUCAUGUGUACGAAAAGUACAAGGAGCCCCGCCCCCUUGGAAGUGCCACUGGAAUCAACCCCAACAUCCUUCCUCUCUUUGAACAACUGGGUCUCUUGGAGAAACUCAAAGCGGUCGCCAAGGAGGUUUCUAGUGUCAAUGUUUAUACUGCGGACAUGGAGCAGUUGGGGACUAUUGACGUUCGUGACCAUGAACAAAUGUCGGGAUACCUGUCGCUAAUUAUGUCUCGCCGUGACCUUCACGCUUUCCUGCUGUCAGAAGUCCCCAAGGAGAAGAUGACCCUCGGAACCAAGGUCCUCUCGAUCCAACAGAACAAGCACGGUGUCAUGAUCAGGACCAACGACGGCAAACACCACCACGCCGAUAUCCUUAUCGGAUCCGACGGUGCCUACAGUGCCGUUCGUCAGUCUCUUUACAAGCAGAUGGGCGAUCAAGGGAUUUUGCCAAAGUCGGAUGGCGAGCCACUCAAGGUCUGCCAUAUGGGUAUCUUGGGCACGACUGAGCGUUUGGAUCCUGAAAAGUUUCCUCAAGCUCAUGAGACGUAUGGUCAUAGUGGUGUUGUCAUUGGCGACAAGACUCGACACACUUGGCGGUACUUUUCUGUUCCCGACGGCAGAGUCUGCUGGAGAAUCGAUGUCCAGUUGAAAUCAACCUCCCACGACGAGAGCGAUUCCUUCCGUCUCUCCGAAUGGGACGCCGACUCAUUCAAGCUGGAUGCAGAUGACUGGAGAGGGUUCAAGACCGGUCUCGGCGGGACCAUGGGCGACCUGAUCGAUGCCACGCCCAAGGACUGUAUCUCCAAGGUCAUGCUUGAGGAGAAGCUAUUCGAGACAUGGUACCAUAACCGCACGGUGCUGAUCGGUGAUAGUUGCCACAAGAUGUUGCCAAAUGCCGGUCGAGGAGCACUCAAUGCAAUGAUGGAUGCUGUUGUGUUGGCGAACACUAUCUAUGAGAUUACUUCAGCUACCCCCGAGAAUAUUACCGCGGCGUUGAAGGAGUACUUUGAAAUCCGUUAUCCACAUGCCAAAUUGGAGUUGCAAGGCAGUCAGCGCAUGGCCAAGGUCCUUGCCGGCCAGACGUGGCUGGACAGCUUGACACGUUCGAUUGUGCUGGGAUACCUCCCAAAGUCGAUCCAGCAAAAGAACACCGAAAACGGAAUGCGAUACCGCCCUCAGUUAACUUUUUUGCCCCAGGUUGAGGCCAGGGGAACUGUCCUUCCACUUCCUCAAAUGGUCUCCAAGCGUUUAUUGGCUGAGCAAAAACAACAGAAACAGCGGGAAGCGGCAGCUGUGUAA